UAUCAGUCAUGAUAUCUCCUCACUCUUCUAUGAUCACACUCCCCACACUCUUCCCAAAUAUAGCUCAUUUGGAAUCUCGGCCAGCAAGGGACAGCCAUGGCGACUUCGCAAUACUCCGUUACUCGAACCUAUGCCGAAACUUUCCUGCAUUCUACUCCCAGCUCGAGACUCUUCGAUCUCAAUUCCAAUGCCCGGAGUUCGAACUUGCGGUUCCUGACCAAAAGAGCUGACUUCCGGGGAAAGAAACAGUCUUUCCUCGUCAAGAGCGUGUUGAAUGAGCCGAAGCAAAUGGUUCAGAAUCCGGUCACUGAAAACAGCACCUCUCUGGAUGCUGCGUCUAUUGCUUCAAACAUCAAAUACCAUGCAGAAUUCACACCUGUAUUUUCUCCUGAGAAGUUUGAGCUCCCAAAGGCAUUCUUUGCAACUGCACAAAGUGUUCGUGAUUCACUAAUCAUUAAUUGGAACGAAACAUAUGAAUACUAUGAGAAGUUGAAUGCAAAGCAGGCAUACUAUCUCUCUAUGGAGUUUCUACAGGGUAGAGCACUGUUAAACGCAAUUGGUAAUCUAGAGCUUUCAGGUGCAUAUGCAGAAGCACUGAACGAUCUUGGCCACAAUCUAGAAAAUGUAGCUUCUAAGGAGCCAGAUGCUGCUCUUGGAAAUGGUGGUCUGGGUCGGCUUGCUUCAUGUUUCCUUGAUUCUCUGGCAACAUUGAAUUAUCCAGCGUGGGGUUAUGGGCUCAGGUACAAGUAUGGAUUAUUUAAGCAGCGCAUUACUAAAGAUGGUCAGGAGGAGGUUGCCGAAGAUUGGCUUGAACUAGGUAAUCCUUGGGAGAUAGUAAGGAAUGAUGUUUCAUACCCUGUAAAGUUCUCCGGUAAAGUGAUCUCAGGGUCAGAUGGAAAGAAACAUUGGAUUGGUGGGGAUGACAUUCAAGCAGUUGCUUAUGACGUUCCAAUACCAGGAUAUAAGACUAAAACCACAAUUAACCUUCGGCUAUGGUCAACUAAGGCUCCAUCAGAGGAUUUUGACCUAUAUUCUUUUAAUUCAGGACACCACAUCAAAGCAUGUGAGGCCCAAACAAAUGCUGAAAAGAUAUGUUACAUACUCUACCCUGGAGAUGAUUCAUUGGAAGGAAAAACUCUACGACUGAAGCAGCAAUACACCUUGUGCUCGGCUUCUCUACAAGACAUUAUUGCCCGAUUUGAGAGGAGAUCUGGUGGACACAUAAAGUGGGAAGAGUUUCCUGAAAAAGUUGCUGUCCAGAUGAAUGACACCCACCCAACUCUAUGUAUCCCAGAACUGAUUAGAAUAUUGGUAGAUGUAAAGGGCUUGAGUUGGAAGGAAGCUUGGAGUAUCACUAAAAGGACAGUGGCUUACACAAACCAUACUGUUCUACCCGAGGCACUGGAGAAAUGGAGUUAUGAGCUAAUGGAGAAGCUGCUUCCCAGACACAUAGAGAUUAUAGAGAUGAUAGAUGAGCAGCUGAUAAAUGAUAUAAUAUCAGAAUAUGGCACAUCAGAUCCCGACAUGUUAGAAAAAAAGCUGAGUGCUAUGAGAAUUUUGGAGAACUUUGAUCUUCCCAGCUCUGUUGUAGACUUAUUUACCAAACCAAAAGAAACCGCAGUUGUUGAUCCUAAUGUAGAAGUUGAAAAUAGUGAUGAAGUGGUUCCUGGUGGUGAAAAGGAUGAAAGUGCAGAAAAAGAGACAGAACUGGAGAAACAUGUGAUCCCUGCACCAGCUCCUAAGAUGGUCCGCAUGGCUAAUCUUUGUGUUGUUGGUGGUCAUGCUGUGAAUGGAGUUGCUGAGAUCCACAGUGAAAUAGUGAAGGAAGAUGUUUUCAAUGACUUUUACAAGCUUUGGCCGGAGAAAUUUCAAAAUAAAACUAAUGGUGUGACUCCCAGAAGAUGGAUCCGGUUUUGUAAUCCUGGUCUUAGUAAUAUCAUUACUAAAUGGAUAGGUACUGAUGACUGGGUCUUAAACACCGAAAAGCUGGCAGAACUACGCAAGUUUGCAGAUAACGAAGAUCUUCAAACAGAGUGGAGGGCAGCAAAAAGAAGCAAUAAAAUCAAGGUUGCUUCAUUCCUAAAAGAAAGAACAGGGUAUUCAGUCAGCCCAAACGCAAUGUUUGAUAUUCAGGUAAAACGCAUUCAUGAAUACAAGAGGCAACUCUUGAAUAUCUUGGGAAUUGUUUACCGAUACAAGCAGAUGAAAGAAAUGAGUGCUGCAGAAAGAGAAGCAAAGUUUGUUCCUCGGGUGUGCAUAUUUGGAGGAAAAGCUUUUGCCACAUAUGUGCAAGCUAAAAGGAUUGUGAAAUUCAUAACAGAUGUUGGAGCCACCAUAAAUCACGAUCCUGAAAUAGGUGAUCUACUGAAGGUUAUUUUUGUCCCUGAUUACAAUGUCACUGUUGCUGAAAUGCUGAUUCCUGCUAGUGAGCUUUCACAACAUAUCAGUACUGCUGGUAUGGAGGCCAGUGGAACCAGCAACAUGAAGUUUUCCAUGAACGGUUGUAUCAUAAUUGGGACUUUGGAUGGGGCAAACGUUGAGAUAAGGCAAGAGGUUGGUGAGGAGAACUUCUUUCUCUUUGGGGCUGAAGCUCAUGAAAUUGCAGGGCUUCGGAAAGAAAGAGCUGAGGGAAAGUUUGUACCCGAUGAGCGAUUUGAAGAAGUUAAGGAAUUCAUAAGGAGUGGCGCUUUUGGCGCAAAUAACUAUGAUGAGCUUAUUGGAUCGUUGGAGGGAAACGAAGGCUUCGGCCGUGCAGACUAUUUCCUUGUAGGAAAGGACUUCCCCAGCUACAUAGAAUGCCAAGAGAAGGUUGAUGAGGCAUAUCGCGAUCAAAAGAGAUGGACUAGAAUGUCAAUCAUGAAUACAGCUGGGAGUUACAAAUUUAGCAGUGAUCGAACGAUUCAUGAAUACGCCAAGGACAUAUGGAACAUCCAGCCAGUUGUAUUUCCUUAGAGGGGAAACAAUUUUCCGAGCGAGCGGCAUAUUGUGUCAGCUAUCUCCUGUUAAAGCCUCCCAUUAUGUAACUAGUUUUAUGUAUAUGUAGGAGGAGCAAGAUACUGUACUAUCAUCAUCUAAUAAAUCAUCUUGCUCUUUUUACUAAAUGUACUUUGUUGUAAUCCUUGAUUAAGGGCACUUUGUCCUAGUUUAAUCAUUAAUUAUCAAUUUUCGAUAUACAUUCAUCACUUGUGUCUUGCCCGUUGGGUUGUUUUCUUUUCUGCUUAUUAGCCUUUUAAGCCCGACUUUUCACCAAAUGGCAACUGGUGAGCCUGGUUGUUUUUGCUAAAACCAUGGUUUCAUCUUGUUUUUUAAGGUAAUGGUUAUAUACUUGUAUCUUGUUGAACUGUUGAAGUAGUUUUUUUUUUUUGAAAUAAACUGUUGAAGUAGUUGAACUAUAUAAAUUACUGAU